GAAGACGACACAAACACAGUGUGGAUCUGUAACCGUAGUGCGUUUCCACUUCCUUCCCAGCUCAUCCGCGGCAGAGCAAUUAAUCAAUUGCGCGCCUGCAAUCCUCACCCCUCGUCUACCGUUGCAAACUGCAUUUUCUCCUCUGCGUCUUCAAGAAGGGAUCUUGAGGACUUGAAGGGGCGGAAGGAACCCGGGGUGUCGAACCUCGGUGAAUAGGUAGGGAGAGGCAAUGGCGAAGGCAAAGGCGGGGAAGGAGAAGGAUGUGGUGCGGCUGGAGCGCGAGUCCGUGAUCCCCAUCAUGAAGCCCAAGCUCAUCAUGAAGCUCGCUUACCUCAUUGAACAUCAAUCUGACAGAGACGAAUUCUUGAAACUCUGCAAGAGGGUUGAAUACACCAUAAGGGCUUGGUACCAUCUCCAGUUUGAUGAUAUGAUGGAACUGUUCGCUCUCUUCGAUCCUGUGCACGGUGCUAAAAAACUGCAGCAGCAGAACUUCUCACCUGAGGAAAUCGACAUGCUUGAGCAGAACUUCCUCUCCUAUUUCUUUCAGGUGAUGGAAAAAAGCAAUUUUAACAUAGUAAAUGACGAUGAGGUUGAACUUGCUCAUUCCGGACAAUAUCUGUUGAAUCUUCCCAUUAAAGUUGAUGAAUCAAAGUUAGAUAACAAGCUUUUGUCGAAGUAUUUUGAGGAGCACUGUCAUGAAAACCUCCCUGACUUCUCUGAUAAGUAUGUUAUAUUUCGUAGGGGCAUUGGAUUGGACCGCACUAGCAACUUUUUCUUCAUGGAGAAAGUCGACACAAUCAUAGCUCGUGCAUGGCGAAGGUUCCUUGAAAAGACGAGAUUGCAAAAGCUCUUUUCAAGAAAGAAAAAUGGUAAACAAAAGAUGGAUUCCAAGAAGAAUGAUGAUCUAGCAAGUGAAGUAGACGAAAAGGAUUUAUAUGUUGAACGUAUACGGCUUGAAACAAUGGAUUUGAGCUUGCCAAAUUUAAUUGGCAAGGUCACAAUUCAGGAGCCUACAUUUGAAGAGGUGAUUGUCUUGUACAGGAGGAGAAGUCCAAAGGGCCAGGAUGAUAGAGCAAUUCAUGUCAAACAUUUCAAAAAUAUUCCAAUGGCAGAUAUGGAGUUGGUUCUGCCUGAGAAGAAAAACCCAAGCCUUACACCAAUGGACUGGGUUCAAUUUAUUGUUUCUGUUGUCAUUGGACUCGUUACACUCAUCAGUUCACUCGAAAUGCCUAAGGCUGAUUUCUGGGUUGUAAUCGCCAUCCUGUCUGCUCUGGCUGGAUAUUGUGCUAAGAUCUAUUUCUCGUUUCAACAGAACAUGGCAACCUACCAAAACCUAAUCACUCAAUCCAUGUAUGAUAAACAGCUAGAUAGUGGGAAAGGCACACUACUGCACCUCUGUGAUGAUGUGAUUCAACAGGAGGUCAAGGAGGUCAUAAUAGCCUACUAUAUUUUGAUGGAAAAUGGAAAGGCUACCAGUGAUGAUCUUGACUUGCAAUGCGAGGAGUUAAUCCAGGAAGAGUUUGGCUUGCAAUGUAAUUUUGAGGUGAUGGAUGCUGUUCAAAAGCUGGAGAGGCUUGGUAUCAUUACAAGAGAUUCUAUUGGAAGAAUUUGUUGUGUUCCUCUAAAGCGUGCCAAUGAGAUCAUCGGUGCUACCACGGAAGAGCUGGUUAUGAAAGCAAGGCAAAGCUAGCGAGCUUGAUUCGAACAAGGUGGGGUAAAUACAUUCUGGCCAUCUCCAGAAUGGCAGAAUAGUUCUCCAGUGGAAGUUACGAGAAAUUGGGUUGUAUUUUUUUGUCUUUUGUAGGAUCUGCUGUAUUGUGGAAUGUCUGAAGUGUGUUGUAAGCAUGUAGCAUUGUUUUUAUAGCAAACGAGGCAGUAGGAUGUUAAAGAACUAAUAAAGAAAAUAAUUGUUCUGCUAACGCAAA